AUGGCAUGGCGCAAGCAGUCGGCAGCGGCCCCUCUGGUCGCCGGCCUUCUUCUCUUGGUGUCCGCCCCCACUCCGGUGUUCGCCCACCCUUAUCCUCUCCAAAAUGUCGCAAACAACCUCUUUUACAAUUUGGGCGACCAAUUUAUGAAGCGCGAUUGCGUUCAACGUUGUGGAGCCGACUCUCAGUACUGCUGUGGAUCCGGAGAGCAGUGCUACACCGUUAACAACAUCGCUGGCUGCAGCACCGUGAGCGGAGGUGGAGGCUACGGCAUUUACACCACGACAUGGACUGAGACGAACACCUUUACCAGCACAAUAUCGACAAACUGGCCUGCAGUGACAACAGGGGCAGCUGGGGGAGGCACCGGGGCCACCUGUGUUCCUCAGAGUAGUGGAGAGACGGCCUGUGGCAGCAUUUGCUGCGCCGCCAACCAGUACUGUGCCUACUCAGGGCAAUGCGCUCAGCGCGAUGGCUGGGGCGGAGGCGUCACUACAAUUACAUCGGGAGGCCAUACAAUCACCACCCAAUACUCUGCUCCUUACCGCAUCACGAGCACCGGGGCCACCGGCACCGCCGCCUCAGCAACCAGCACCGGCACAGUCGUACCCAUCACCAACGAGGGUACUGGUGGAGGAUUGAGCGGCGGCGCCAUCGCCGGUAUUGUUAUCGGCACGCUUGCAGGUCUCGGUCUUCUCAUGCUUCUCUGCUUCUGUUGUAUCGCCCGCGGCCUGUGGGGUCUCAUCUUUGGCAAGAAGAAGAAGGAGCACAGCCACAGCCGCGAACGAGUCGAGGUGGUUGAGGAGAGAUACUCGCGUCACGGCAGCCGCAUGCCAUCUGCCCACUCUGGUCGCCCCUCGCACGGCGGCUGGUUCGCAGGUGGCGGUCGUCCCGCCCCGGCUGCUCGUCGCAAGGAAGAGAAGAAGGAAGGCGCCAAGUGGUUGGGCCUGGGAGCCGCCGCAGCAACCAUGUUGGCGCUCUUGAAUCUUAAGAAGGACAAGCCGAAGGCCAAGCCUCGGUCGAGCUACACCGACUCGUACUACUCGUACACGGGGACAAGUCCCAGUGAGUCUUCAUGGGAUUCUCGGGAUCGAUCGGAUCUGACGUCCUACCUAGGCAGCUCUAGCUCGGGUGGAAGAACUCACCGCACCGGCCACACACGCGGCACACACACGACGCGCCACUCACGGAGGUAG